CCUCAUUUUACUCUCUUUGACAAUAUAUAAUCAUGCCUUCCGCAACCUCUCCUCUCCUUCGAAUCGCCAUCAUCGGUGGCGGACCAGGCGGUCUCGGGGCAGCAAUCGCCCUGUCAGCACUUCCCAAUGUCGAAGUAACAAUUUACGAACAAGCGAGAGAAUUAAGAGAGAUUGGCGCAGGGAUUCAGAUUGGAUUUAAUUGUUGGAAAGUUCUCGAACUGCUGGGAGCUGCUGAUAAAGUUGAUGGGCAUUCGACGACAGAAGUUAUCCACUUAAAUGGAGUCACUGGUAAAGUUCUAAAGACUACUGGAAAGCAGAAGCUACUUAAAAGGUACCAGCCCCAGCGGGUUCGCAGGACAAGUCUGCAAGCUGCGCUGAAGUCUGUAGUGCCUGAAGGAAUUAUUAAACUCAACAAACGACUUUCGUCGCUCGAGAAUCUUGAUUCAGAAGUCAAGUUGAGGUUCGACGAUGGGACGGAGAUUGUUGCUGAUUUAGUUGUUGGCGGUGAUGGAAUACGAUCGGUCGUCAGAGGGCAUCUGUUCCCAGAUCACAAAAUUCAAUUUACAGGAACCACUAUCUUCCGAACUUUAAUUCCAGCAUCUUCAAUCUCCCAUAUCACUGGGAUACAGGGAGUAAACACGUGGUGGCAUGGACCAACUGGACAUUUCUACGGCUCACCAGUAGACAAUCCAGCAGAAACCUCACAAGAAGAGCAAAAGUUUGAAAUUGCAGCUCGCAGUGUCAUUGAUCCUACGACGGCUAUUGGCAAGAGAUUUAGCUGGGGUGUGCCUGCCACCAAGGAGAGAGUUGAAUCUUUCUUCACAGAAUAUGACCCGAAAGUUAGGGAAACGUUGUCCAAGGUACCUGAGGGCCAAUGGAAAGAGUUCUCUGCUUUUGCGGGGCCACGACUCGAGACCUUGACUGGUUUGGAUGGGAAGGUUGUGUUGAUUGGAGAUGCUAGCCAUCCCUUAUCAGGUGCCUUUGGAUCUGGAGCAGCAUUUGCUCUCCAGGAUGGUUGGAUCCUAGCCAGGGCAAUCGACCACACGAGAUCGAAAGGAGGACUUUCAGCCGCCUUAUCAAUUUUUGAUUCGAUCAGAUCACCGUACUACCUCAGAAUGUAUGAAUAUCUCGAUCAACAAAAAGAAAGGAUCCAGUCUCUGAAAGCACGAAAUCCCAACCAGACUCUUGAGGAUAGCUUAAAGGCUAGAGUCGCUUCGUUUGGAGGCGAGAACCAACUUUCUUGGAUUUAUGGAAAUGACAUUGAAGAAGUUUGGAAUACUUAUGUCGCAAAUGAGAGCUCAUAGAAAGAACAUGAUGAAGUUAAAUCAUCUCCGCGGCUGGUAAACAUUCAGGUUUCGGUAGGUGCGGGGUAGUUUGGCGGGGUAAUUCCAUCACAGCAAUGCAGGGAAAUCUUGUCAAUUGAUGAGGAUAGCUUAUGUGAUCUACUCAUAGAGGUUGUUACUCGAAAAUAGAUCAGAUUGUCGUCUGUUAUGUAGUUUGGACUGUAUUGAAAGUAUCACAAUAUAAUCAUAUAGCUUUCUGCAGGUAAUGAUUACCAACUGCCGCACAGAAACUCGGUAGAAUUCCGAUCUUGUCCUUCUCAAAGGCCAUUGGCGAUCAUUCUCUAAGUUUAACAAAUACCUCGAAUGAAGCUAUUGCUGACCUGGCGGUUUAGAGAGGGUUGCUAACUUGGUGAAAUCCAAAGUUGGGGAGUGGCAUGUCGCCUUUACCUCCCCCACUGACAUGGCGAGUAUGCUACAUGGACGUCUCCUUGCAAAAAACAUCUAACUGGGACCGACCUAGUAGGGCAGAGCAGUGAAAAGACAUCUCUACCAUGCUAAGGGCAAGAUAGGUUGAUCUCAUACAAGCGACGCAUUUACCACUACAGAAAAUAGAAGCAGAGCACUGCAUGAUGUGAACACCAAAUCCCGAUGCCGAAAUCCUAUCUCCAUCAGUACCAUUGCAUACAUAUCUUGACACGAAUACUCACCAUCUUUCGUGGUACUCAGCACCAGGACCACAAACACAUUAAGUGGUAUCCUCAUCAGUCCAUACACAUUUGCCCUCACACUAUCAUCAAUCAUCUUGCCCUUCUGAUAUGCCAUCAAAGGAAAGUAAAACCCGCAGCAGAUCUCAAACAGGCAGAAACACCAAAAUGUAACCCUUUCAUCUCGGCAUACGACUGGGAGGAAGAAUGAUGCGCUUGAUAUGAAGAGAAGGGCAAUGAGCAUCCUCGAGGGCGGUAAAUGGGGGUAGCGUGUUGUGAUGUGAUUGUAAACAAGAGAGCCAAGCACCAUGCUUGACAUCAAGAUCGCGAAGAUGAG